AGGUUUUCAGCGAUGAGAAAGGGGAGACUUAAAAGUCGAAAGGAGAAGCAGCCUUCCCUGGCCCCCACGCCUCCCGUUGCCCCCACUCCACACGCGUGACCUCCUUUGGAGACCCCAGGUGGCACAUCAGUAUUUGAUCUGCUCCUCUCCUGCGCGCUGCGGGCGUUGGGCGGCGGGGCUGGCCACACAUCACCCAGCUGCUGAAGCCCGCACCCAGCGCCACCGGCAGCUUCGGAAGGACCGUCUCCGUGCUCGCCCCCUCCUCGGGCUGCUUGUGUUUCGGGGGGCCUCCGGGGCACUGCACGCACCAUGCUCGGCUGCCCGCGGCUGGCGCUGCUCUGCGCGCUGCCCUGGCUCCUGCGGGCAGCUGUCCCUAGCCACCGGGCAGAGCCCCUCGCGCAGUCGGCAGAGCUGCGCCGCGAUCCGCGCGACCCCGCCAGAGGAGCCGAUUUCGAUCGCGUCUACAGCGGCGUGGUAAGCCUCAGCACCGAGAACAUCUACUCCUUCAACCAUACCAGCCAUCCUGGCCAGGUGACGGCCGUGCGGGUGCAUGUCAACAGUUCCUCUGACAACCUGGACUAUCCAGUCCUGGUUGUGGUUCGCCAGCAGAAAGAAGUGUUGUCAUGGCAGGUUCCUCUGCUCUUCCAAGGACUAUACCAAAGGAGCUACAACUACCAGGAAGUCAGCCGAACCCUAUGUCCUUCGAAAGCAACCAAUGAGACUGGCCCUUUGGAACAGCUGAUCUUUGUAGAUGUAGCAUCCAUGGCUCCCCACGGCGCCCACUACAAGUUGCUGGUCACCAAAAUCAAGCACUUCCAGCUCCGGACGAAUGUUGCCUUCUACUUCACUGCCAGCCCCUCUCAACCUCAGUAUUUUCUAUACAAGUUUCCUGAAGACGUGGACUCCGUUAUCAUUAAAGUGGUGUCUGAGAAGGCUUAUCCAUGCUCAGUUGUCUCUGUUCAAAACAUCAUGUGUCCAGUGUAUGAUCUGGACCACAAUGUGGAAUUCAAUGGUGUCUAUCAAUCCAUGACCAAGCAAGCCGCCAUCACACUGCAGAAGAAGGAUUUUUCAGAUGAGCAGUUCUUCGUGGUGUUUGUGAUAAAACCUGAAGAUUAUGCCUGUGGUGGAUCAUUCUCCGUCCAGGAAAAUGAAAACCAGACCUGGAAUCUACAACGAUCAAAGAACCUGAAAGUGACCAUUGUCCCAUCCAUCAAAGAAUCUGUGUAUGUGAAAUCUAGUCUUUUCAGCAUAUUCGUUUUCUUGUCCUUCUACUUGGGAUGCCUGCUCGUUGUGCUUGUCCAUCAUGUGAGGUUUCAGAGGAAAUCCAUUGACGGAAGCUUUGGCUCCAGUGAUGGCUCUGGAAAUAUGGCUGUCUCUCAUCCCAUCUCUGCCAGUACGCCUGAAGGGAGCAACUAUGGGGCAAUAGACGAGUCGAGUUCCAGUCCUGGAAGGCAGAUGUCUUCUUCUGAUGGCGGCCAGCCAUGCCAUUCAGACACAGACAGCUCCGUGGAGGAGAGUGACUUCGACACCAUGCCAGACAUCGAAAGUGACAAAAACGUCAUCCGGACCAAGAUGUUCUUGUACCUGUCAGAUCUGUCCAGGAAAGACCGGAGGAUUGUCAGCAAAAAGUAUAAGAUUUAUUUUUGGAACAUCAUCACCAUCGCUGUGUUUUAUGCACUGCCUGUGAUGCAGCUUGUCAUCACCUACCAGACGGUGGUAAAUGUCACUGGCAACCAGGAUAUCUGUUACUACAACUUCCUCUGUGCUCACCCCUUGGGCGUCCUGAGCGCCUUCAAUAAUAUUCUCAGUAACCUGGGCCACGUACUCCUGGGCUUCCUCUUCCUGCUGAUAGUGCUGCGCAGGGACCUGCUCCACCGGAGAGCCCUGGAGGCUAAAGACAUCUUUGCUAUGGAGUAUGGUAUUCCCAAACACUUUGGCCUCUUCUACGCUAUGGGGAUCGCACUGAUGAUGGAAGGCGUGCUCAGUGCUUGUUACCAUGUCUGUCCUAAUUAUUCCAACUUCCAGUUCGACACUUCCUUCAUGUACAUGAUCGCUGGCCUCUGCAUGCUGAAGCUCUAUCAGACCCGCCACCCGGACAUCAAUGCCAGCGCCUACUCUGCCUACGCCUCCUUCGCUGUGGUCAUCACACUCACGGUCCUCGGAGUGGUGUUUGGAAAAAAUGAUGUGUGGUUCUGGAUCCUCUUCUCUGCCAUCCACAUUCUCGCCUCUCUGGCACUCAGCACCCAAAUCUACUAUAUGGGCCGUUUCAAGAUAGAUGUGUCUGACACAGAUCUGGGAAUCUUCCGGCGGGCUGCUAUGGUGUUCUACACGGACUGUAUCCAGCAAUGCAGCAGACCUCUGUAUAUGGACAGGAUGGUGUUGCUCAUUGUGGGAAAUCUGGUUAACUGGUCCUUUGCCUUCUUUGGAUUGAUCUACCGGCCCAGGGACUUUGCCUCCUACAUGCUGGGCAUCUUUAUCUGCAACCUACUGCUGUAUUUGGCUUUCUACAUUAUCAUGAAGCUUCGAAGCUCUGAGAAGGUCCUCCCCCUACCAAUCUUCUGCAUCGUGGCCACUGCUGUGGUGUGGGCUGCUGCCCUGUACUUUUUCUUCCAGAACCUCAGCAGCUGGGAGGGAACCCCAGCAGAAUCCCGGGAGAAGAACCGAGAGUGUGUCCUGCUCGAUUUCUUUGAUGACCAUGACAUCUGGCACUUCCUGUCUGCUACUGCCCUAUUUUUCUCGUUCUUGGUGUUGUUGACUCUGGAUGAUGACCUGGAUGUGGUUCGCAGAGACCAGAUCCCUGUCUUCUGAGCCCUCAGCAUCGCAGGGGGAAGAAGGAGCAAUCCGCCUUGGUGCUGUUCUGUGGAAAACAUGGUGAAUGCAGCAGCUUGACCACUGCCAGAUGCUCCACCUGCCUCAGGGGAGUCAACGGUGUCUGCAUUCACACAGGAAGAGCUUGGGACUGAGCUAAACCUCAAGAAGAAUGGUAGAAAGGAAGCCCUGUUGUGCACAGAGACAGAGCCAGGAGGCUCAAAAACCUCUGUUUGAAAGAACCUCUGUUGUCUAGACACAAGCUGCAUCAGGCCAGCUUACCCGCCUGGCCCCUCCUAGCCUCACUGAGAUUGGCCAGAGAAACCAGCUACUCAGACCCCCCACUUAGAACCUUCAGUGUGGUCAUUUCCACACCUCUGAGACACCUGCUGCUCUAGAAGGCUGAAGCACCAUCUCAUUCUCCCCUGGCCCUCAGAGGACCAGAUUCCUCAGAAUAUGGUGCAGAAAUGGGACCAAGUUCCCACCCAACUGGGGACAGACAUUCUAGUUACUCAAAGCUAUGUCACCCUUUAGCUUGAAUUCCUGGCACUGCUGACGAUGCCCUGGAUGGGACUUUGACAUACACACUUCUAAAAAGAUCACCUUUGUUGGACCCAAGGCCUGGGUGAUCACCUGUUUCUUCAUGUCUUCAUCUCACCAUUGGAUGUUGACUCUUAUGCUGCCUUCUUAGAAUGCCCCUCUUUCUCCAUAGACUCCUAACAGCUCCAAGAUGGACACAAAUGGAGAAAUGCUUUCUUUCUACAACAGGAGAAAUGAUGGACAGUGCUUAGUGGCUGAGCAUCAGCAGCAUUCACCUUAAUGACUCGGGAUCCUGGAGCAAAUUCAACAAAGCAACCGUGCUUGAUGGUCCCCAGACACACCACUCAAUUUGUGCCUAUAUAGCCUUUUCAUGGAAUAAAUGCUCCCCAGCAGCAUUACCCUGGUGUCCUCCACAACUGAGCCUGUCACUUACGUAGGUCAGGUUCCACACUACCUGUGCAAAAUUCUCAGCAGUAACUUGGGAUGGAUGCAUGCUCCUCCCGCCACCACCAGUUGAGUCACAGAGGUCAUGGCUAAUCCAGUCACCUCUUACUGUAUCCCAUUCUCACACUGUCCCCAGGAGGAUGUAAAAAAAGUGCAGUGUUCUAGCUUUCUUCUCUCAUGACAUCUGACAAACCCUGUGAGAAGCCCCAUUUUGACCAGACUUCCUGGUUGUGUGUGGGAUGAUGUCAUCAGAAAACAGACACACAAGUGUGUGCACACAUACUUACUUGCUUAUGAAAUUGAAGUCACUCCUCACCUGUGCUUUCUUGAACAUUUAGUAAAGAAAUGGAUCAGGCAUUCCUCUUUUUAAAAAAACUACCAUUCGUUCUCUCAAAUAUCUGUGUUCAAAUGUGUGCUUUGGAAGUCUGAACAGCAAGCUUUUCCUGGUUUUAAAAAUGCAAAGAUAAUUUCCAUGAA